GGGGGAGCGACUGUUCCGCGAGCGCGUCCGUUGGUUUCGAAGUGGGGCGGGGGCGCGCCGGGGGUGAUGGUCGGCCGGCCCUGGGGCUGGCUGGAAGGGGCUUGGUGUGCCCCAGCUAUCGGAGAGCAGCGGCCGUAUGGAAGUCAGCUCUGACAGCGGGUUGGUGAAAUGCCGUGAUGCUGCUGGCGUUGGUUGUUGGUGGCGGGACGUGGACCUGUUAGGAGCGGGAGGCAGGAGAUCGGCGUUAUCGCCAGCGUCGGGAGUCAGGCAAAACAUGAAGCACUUGUUGAACGAGCUCAGAGACAUGUACGAAGAAAAAUUGAGACAUAUGGGGAAAAAAGAUGAAAGCAAAGAUACGCUAAAGAUGAAGGCAAGGAUUCUUCAGUCUUAUAUAAAUGAUCUUGGCAACCAAAACAAAAUCUUGGUUCAGACAAUCGAAGACCUUGAAAAAGAAGCAAAUGAAAAGAUUGUGAAUCUGGAUACCAGACUGCAGAGAGAUGACCAACUAUUAAAUGAACAACAAUUAAAAUGGGAAGCAUCCAAAGAAGAAAUUGAUCGUCUACGUGGAGAAAACAUGAAUGUAAAAAUUGAUCUCAACACUCUGGUUUGUGCUAUACAGCAAGCUGAAAAAUCACAGAAAUUUGAUUUUUCCAGUCUUAACUUGAGAAGUAUUCAGCUGGAGAAAGUUGCAAGUCCAGCAUUUCAUAGUUCAAUCAUCAGGAAAAAAUCAGAAAUCUCAAAGCCCCUUCUGGGAGCAAUAUUUCAUUUGGAAACUAAUGAUGUGAUGGGUAGAAGUCUUCAUGAGGAAUUAAAAGAUGCAUGGUGUGAAAGUGAACAAAGUGAGCUUGAGCCUGAAGUGAAGGAGCACAGAGCUUGUGAUCUUGAAGCAGAACAUCAAACUAGGAAGACCCAAGCUCAAAUGACAGCACUGCAAAACUGGAGUGAAACAAAUGUUAACCACAAGUCAUUUCAGCAAGACCAACAUAAGGUUCUAAACAAGAAAAACACCUUCACUGAAUUGAAAGAUGAAAUGAGACAACUUCAGCAGCAAUACAAUGAAACAGUAGAAGAAAAUGGACGUUUACAGGCCCGGCUUGAAGCUUGGAUGAUCACUGCUCAGAGUGAACACGAAAUUCUAUCAAAAGAAGUACUUUGUAAGGAAGACAUUAUCCAUAAACUACGAAUGAAGCAAUUAAGUCAAGAUGAAAAAUGCAAUACAGCAGAAGAAAAGAUCCAGCAUCAGGAGACGCUGCUGAAUCAACUACAUCAAAAGUAUUUAACUGCAGUUAGUGUAGUUGAAAACCAACAACGGAUGAUUCAUUCUUUGGAACAGGAUCUUCAAACUGCCGUGUUCACUGAAAAGGAAAUGACCACUGGGGUGGCUGAGUGUGAAGAAACCAUUAAACAUUUGGAAAUGGAAUUAUCUUCAUUACAUUCAGCACAAGAAUUGGACAAUAAGACCAUUACCCAAAAGAAGCAGGUUAUUCAUGAGCUACACCAAGAAAGCAAUUCACUGAAGCAGAAAUUGAAAGAAGCCCUUUGCAAGAUUCAUCAGAAAGAAAGCAAAAUUAGUGUUUUGGAAGAAAAGCUGUUGGAUGCCCGAAAGCAAAAUUCUGUUCACUAUGAAGAGUUCCUCCACAGAGAAAAAUUCAUGCAGAAGUUAAAAGAAGAAACUGUAGAGUUGACAGACCAAAUAAAAAAGCAUUCCCAGGAUAUCAGUGCACUCAGUGCUGAGAAGCAGAAAAUAGAACUGGAGAUGACAGUAAUUACUGAGAAGUAUAGAACUGCUCAACAAGAGGUCAGCAAACGAGAUGAGAUUAUUCUAAAACUAAAGACCGAUUUGAAAACUGCACAAAAAAAAUAUGGGGGAGCACAAGAAGAUAUUGGAGUUCAAACAGCUGAGCUCAACAGACUUACUGAAAAAUUAACAAAUUUGCAGCAUGAAGUUUGCAAGCUAAGGAACAUUGGUGAUGUACAGCAAGAACAGUUGAAUGAAGCUGGAAAGUCAAUUCAGGAAUUUGAAAGUGAACGGAAAAUGCUCAUGGAGGAGAUCCAAACCAAGGAAAUGAAAAUAGUUCAGUUGCACAAAGAUUUAGAUGUCUCAAAGCAAUCUUACACUGAUGACUUAGAACGAUGGUCACAGAAAAACACUUUGCUGCAAAAUUCUUUGGAUUCAACUAUCACUGAAUUACAGGAUACUCGUAGCAAAGUGCAAGAAUACAAAACAAUUGGAAUAAACCUCAAAGAAGACUUGAAGAAGCAAAAGCUUCUUCAACAGGAAACUGCAAAAUUAGUUGAAAAGCAUGAAGAUACCAUUAAAAAACAGAAAUCUGAGGAUAUGCAUUUAAGAAAGCAGAUUGAACUUCUAAAAAAUCAAGUUACAGAAAGUCACAAUCAGGCAUUGACUUCUGAAUCCACUGCAGAUCUAUACAAACAGAAAUAUCAGACAAGCACUGAUAGGAUACAUCACCUGGAGAAUCAUGUGCAGAACCUUAAAGAACAAUCAAAUCAUCAGAUUGCAGAAAAAGAUGAAGAGAUUCUACAACUCCAGUCACGCUUAAUACAGUAUCAGAUCAACCAUGGUCAUUCCAAUGAAGAAUAUGAUGGACAGGUUGCUCUUGUUAAACACCUAGAGAAGGAACUUGAAUUGGUGAAAAGUACUUGUAAUGAAAAAAAUAGUAGAAUUGGAGAAUGUGAACAAACAAUCCUUGAUCUCAGAGCAGAAAUAACAAAAUCUGACAAUCAGCAAAAGAAUUGUGUCCUUGAAGUACAAAAACUUGAACAAGCUUUGCAAAAUCUUAAUCUGAAUUCAGCAGAUUCCGAAAAUAAGUACAAGCUGGAACUUGUACAACUGCAAAAGCAAAUUACCCAACUCGAAAGCAACCUCACAGAUUCCCAGGAAAGCUGCAACCAGAUGCAACAGGCAAUAUGGGAAAGAGAUGACCUUCUACAGCAACGAGAAGCCGAACUUCAGGAGUCCCAAGAAAAUGUCAAAAAGAAAAUGUCAGAGAUGAAGGUUUUGGACAACAUUGUGACAGACCUGCAAAUAGAACUGCAGAAUUUGCAGAUUCACAAGAUUCAAACUCAAAAUGAAAAUACAAUACUAAGAGCUGAUAUUCAACAAUUAAACCAGAAACUGCAGGGACUCCAUCAACAGUACAGAGAGAAAGCACAAAAGCUUACAAAUCAAGAAGAGAAAUUAAUUUUACUGGAGUCAAACCUACUAGCUACAGAGAAGCAGCUAAAUAACCAAACAUCUGAGGCAGUCCAUCAAGAGCAAAAACAACAAACAUUGCACAUGCAAAUAAGAACACUGAAAAAACAGCUUGAAACCACAGAAGAAGAGAUGAACAAAUACAAACAAGAACAUGAGGAAUUGAGAAAUGAACUGAAUAUGAUAAAGCAACAGCAGGAAAUCCUGGACCACCAUGAUGACAGUCAAAGCACCUUGAUGGAACUGGGAAACACUAAAGAUCAGAUCCAAACUCUACGGCAGCAGAUUAAGGAAGAAGAGAUCGCAUAUCUGAGAAACAAAUAUUAUAAUAUCUGCUUGGAGCUAAUGAAAGAGAAGUCUCAAGUCAAAGAUCUUCAAUUAAAGUUGGCUACAGAGGAGGAAAAGGUACAAAGCCACAAAGGAGAGAUUACUUUGAAAUCGUUGAAGAAAGUCUGCACACAAGACCGAGUGUCCUCGUUGUAUCAAAAGGACAGGCAGCUGGAAGCCCAGAAACAAGCACUGGAAGCUGCACAGAGUGACAACAAUCGGCUCCAAGAAGAAAGUGAAUUAAUGGUUUCGAGUGUUAAAGAAUGGAUCACAGAGCAAGGGCAUGCAAAUAAUAUUUUGAGUUCAAAAAUCCAACAGCAAAACCAACUUGUCUCACGCUUAACUAUGGAUAAAGUUUGUUUACAGGAAACCAUUAAAAAUUUGAACCAAGAAUUGAAGGUGGUAAAAACUGAGAUGGAAGAAAAGAAGAACAAAACAGAACAAUUAAAGAUAUAUAAAGCAUUACAGAGUCACGGUGGCAGUCAACAAAUACUGCUCAAUCAACACGAUAGUCAACUGAAGGAUCAAGAGUAUGAGUGGGCAAAUCUCAUAGCGGAAAAAGUUGAAACUAUUGAAGAUAUGCAUAACAGAUUGAAAACCAGUAUUCAGUCAAUGCAACUCCUGCACCAACAGCUGCAUACACUUGACAGAGAAAAUCCGAAACAUGAAAGACGGCUGGAAAAGGAACAGACCCACCAUCAUCAGCUGGAAUUGCAGUUGGAAACCCUUGGUCAGACCAUCGCAUCCCUUAGGACCCAGCUGAAAAGUCAAAGAUUAGCUGUUUCUACCAGAGAUCCCAGCAGUGGAAUCAAUGUUUCUGCUUCGUCGCGUUUCUUGUAACAAUAUGGUAUUCACUGUAUGCACGUUUCCAAGAAGUGAGUGUGAAGCUCUCUGGAAUCAACAUCCAGGUCAUCAAAGGGAAUCCUCCAGACCAAGAACUCCCUGUUGCUUUGUUCAGAUUGAAGUCAUUCAUCAAAUCAGUGAUUGAAGAUAACCUGCCUGCUGUCAAGAAGCUAGGUACUGAGUUACUUGAUGCUCUGUAUGUGCUAUACAGCAGCUGGCUGUUGAUACUGUGAAAUCAUGUCCAGACUCCGUACAUCUCAGAAUUAGUGUGACAUCCAUGGUGUAGCUUUUGUGUAGUCAGUGGCAGAAAUUAUUAUAGAAAAGCUCACUAACCUGGUAAAAAACAUGAUUACUCCAUGUGAAGCUCGUUUAGUCUCCCAGGAGACCCUUAAGUUUAUCUAGAUUGAAAGCUAUUUGCUAAUCUUCAGCCAAUACACUUAGCUGAUUAGGAUCUCCCUCUAAUCUUUCAUUACCUUGUACCCUCUCUACAAUACAAACUAUUUUAGUAUCAUCUGUAAAUUUCUGAACUGUGCCUUGUACAUUCACAUCAAAAUCAUUUAUAUAAAUUACAAACAACAAAGGUCCCAGCAUGAACUCGUGGCAUACCACAAUGAUCUCCAGCCUGAAGAGCAACUCUCAACCAUCACCCUCUGCUUCCUACCACCGAGCCAAUUAUAAACUCAAUCCGCUAUCUCCUGGAUGCUAUAUAAUUCAACCUUCCACACUGGCCUUGUAAAAGGCCUUCUCUAAGGUUGGAGCACGUGUCAUAUUUCAUAAAGAUACUUCUCGCCCGAUAUGUAAGCAAAAAAAAUACUACCUGAAAAUGACCUCCCGCUCAGAGCCUGCCCAACCUCCUCUUCCUCCUGGGUCUUUGGAAGCUUUGUUCUGCUCCACUCCUCCACCUCUCCUUUCCUUGUGUUCUGUUCAAUCUCCCAGACAUCCUUCACACUAAAGAGAAAUAGCAAUUUGCACAUCCAUUGAUCUGUAUGGAAACUUGGAACCAAGCCAACAGCCUUUAGCUCUUUACAUAGCACUCCAUGCACAUUUAAAAAGAUGUUAUCAACAGCCAGACUCAUGUAUAGUUCAGGCAGCAGUUUGUAGGUAGUAUUCCCAAGCUAACUCAAUAAUCCAUUAAAAAAUCUGAUUAUUCAGUUGGGGUUUGAGGGGAGGGUGUGAAAAUUAUUCAUACUGUGGAACACUAAUUUAUCAGUGCUAGGUUUGAAAAGGCCGUUAGCUAACUGUUGAACUCCAUUUGGGCAUCACUGACUAUUAAUGGUAUAAUCCUACAUUUCCACAGGAUUUACCUUUGCAGUAGCUUUACAUUUCAACAUGUGUGUGUGAGCUUGCAAAAUUCAUAGUGCAAGCAAAUCAAUAUGCAUGCUGUUGACUAAAUCACAAGCAACUCAAUCAUCAGCACUACAGACCCAAUUAUUGGGACUUACAUCUUUGCAGCACAGAAUUCGGUCAAAUUUACUCAGCCCAGGACUGCCCUUUGAAUACUAUACAUCGCUGUAAUCAAUCCAUGGCUCACAUUUACCUGGCUCUAUCCAGGAGGUUUUGAUUUCUUGGCAGAGUAGGCAGUGCAAACAUUCGCUAAGGCCAGUAGUUACAAGGGUGAGAGGUGAAUCAUCAGCAAAGGGCAUCUGGGGCACCUCAGUAGCAUAGCGAUUCGUGCAAAGGUAUACAGCUCAGGGUGCUCCCGAGUUUGGAGUUCAAUUCUGGCACUGUUGUGCAAGGUGCUGUCUGUGUGUCCUCCCUGUGGAUUGAGCAGGUUUUCCCCAGGUGUUCUGUUUCCUCCCACAGUCCAAAGACAUAAUGGGUAGGUUAUUUGGUCAUUGUAAAGUGUACUGUGAUUAGGUUAGGGUUAAUUGGGGUUGUGGGGGUUGCUGGCGUUCUGGAGCAGCAUGGCUUGAAAGGCUGGAAGGACUUACUCCAUGGAGUUAAACUAAACAAGAUAAAUAAAUAAACCCAUCCUCGAAAAUUCCCUGAACGCAGCUUAAACUUCUGAAUUAACUACCCUCUGAAAUACUUUUGAAAAAAUAUUUUAAAAAUUGACUGUAAAAAUUUGCAAAUUUCUAGCAAUUUUUCCAAUAUUCCAAAAGCAUCAUUAGGUUUGGGGUUUGGCCUGACCCAAGCUCCCCAACUUCACAGCACUUUAGCAGGGAUAACUUUGGAAAUUUUCUGCCAAGCUGUCCGCAUCUACCAGCAGGAUCGAACCCAUUCUUUUUCAACAAUGGCUUGCUGGUAAGGUUUGGUGUAUGCGAUAUUAGCCUUGAGCAAUAAUUGUUACCUUAAGGAUAUCACCAGAAUGUAUCAAGUGUACGAUAAAGACACCGAUAAAGCUUCACUUCAUGUGUGGUGUACAGUUAGAAUAAUAAGAUGUCAUCCCAUUGGAAUUUAUACAGUUCUUCCAGGGUUCAACAGGUGGAUGCAGGGAGGCCAUUUCCCAUAUCAGAAAAGUUUGGCACCAGGUCUAUCAAUUUCAGCAUUAGGGAAAGAUCAUUUGGGACUGAGAUGAGGAGAAACUUCUUCACCCAGAGGGUAGUGAGACUUGAAUUUUCCUACCUGCAAGCUGUGAAAGCUAGGUGACUGAGUUCAUUUAAAGCAGAGAUCAGUCGAGAGCUGGAUAUUCAGGAAAUCAAGGGAUAUGGAGCUAGGUCAGGAAAAUGAAGUUAAGGUAGAAGAUCCACCAUGAUCGAAUUCAAGAGCCAAAUGGCAGCACUGGUUGUUAGUAAUGCAGUGAAGAAUUUCAAAAGCUGUCUGUGUCACACACAGUCUAGUUUGAGUUCCUUGAAAUUUUGUUCAAAGUUGGGAACCACUUUUCACACAUGCUUUGCAGUAAGGAAUAUGUGAAAUGGAUGUGAAUAUUCACUAAUUUUAAGAAAUUAUCUAAUUGCUCUGAUAUAAUUGAGUUACACCAGCUAGUAGUUUAUAUUUAUUUAUAACUAUGUUUGGAGAAAUCACUUAACUUUGCUCACUAUAUAUUAAAGGAUAUAAGAUUUUAUAAGUACAAAAAUCAUUAAACCAUUUGACACAAAAUAUUACAUACUAUUUAAAUAAACUUUACAUAAUACAUCUAGUCUUUUAUGGCCAAGUUCCAACUGAGGUUAGGUAGGGCUUUGCCUUUUUACUAUUGAUUCUGAGUGUAUUUAAAGGUUGAUUAACUGUCACCAGAAAAAGAGUGGCUAUCUUUAUACUUAUAACAUUUUUUAACGACUCAUAAAUUUUCCAGAACUUUAUAAAGGGGAAGUGUGGUUGCAAGAUUGGAAGGCGAGCAAUUAUAGAAUUAGCGUGUGUAUUCAUAUUUCACCUCCCAAUUUUAUCAGAGCACUUUUUUAUACAGUAAUUGUUUUGCAGUUUAGCAUUAAAAAGUAAAUGUCAGUUUUAAACCGAGGAAUAUAGAUGGUGGAUUACACUUCUCUAUGAUGCAGCAACACCCAUUAUAGUAGUCACCAAAUUGGAUCCUUUAUAUUUCUACUAUAAUGUACUUCAAAUGCAAACAGACUUUCAGGAGCAAAUUAGUCUACACUACAGGUAUCAAAAGGCUGCAGACUUACACUGGCAGCUUCUAUUGUAAAAUAGAUGGACAAAUGUUAACAUAGUGUACAAAGAUGCAACUUCUUAGUGUAUCUAUAUAAAAUCAAAAUAUGAUUGAAUAAUUUCCAAGGAUAUGAUUUCUCUAUAUCUAUAUCCUGUCUGAUUGCCUAUAUUUAAGAGUUUAUGUAUGAAAACAAAAUAGGAAUACUGUUGAAAUUAAACUUCAGGGUGACUAUUCCCAUUACAUUGACUGUUCUAUUUAUUAUAAAUUGCUAUGAUUGCACAUGGCACAGACAGAUGGAGACGUAACAUAAAGAUUUUUACUCCCCAUGUAUGUGAAGGAUGUAAGAAAUAAAGUCAAUUCAGCAGUGUUUUCUACUGGAAGAUGAGGACAUUGCCCACAUCAGUGCUGUCAGAAAAUUUGGCUUCUAAUGCAAAGCCACAAAGCCCCAGUAUAUUGGAGAGAUUUCACUUUUAUUUGGAUUAAACAUAAUUCCUUACAAAUUACAUCAUGGAAAUCAGCCGUAGAAAGAUAUUCCAUAAGACACUCAUCUCUCUGUAUCACCCUAUCCUUUCAAUCUCAUGUAGCUUUAACUUAAGUAGUAUUUAUGAUAUUUGAAUUAAAUGCUUAAUGAGAACCAGGGUUCAAAUUUCUCAAGUUUAACUACAGAGUACACUCCAGGUGAUAUUAUUUGUGUAUAAAAAGCAUCGAAUUGUAACUAAUUGUUAAAAGAAGCUGACAGUUUCCAUCUUUGAACCAGUUAUUUUAAAAAUAUUGAUAAGUAAUUGACAAACUAAUGACUUUAUUUCAUAAGGUUUCUAAUAUGAUAUUAUUAGGCAAACCUUGUUCUUUUUUUGAAAUUUGAUUACUGAAUUCUUUUACAUUUUAAAUACAGAUCUAUUUAAUUCUGAUCAUGGUUUAAUUUGAAAACCUGACAAAAUUUCCAAAGACGUUAGGGGCUGUUUCACUAACAAUAUUCUGAGUAGUUGAAAUGUAUUUGAUGAAAAAUUUAAUCCCAUUCUCUGGCGACAUUCUGUUUCUAUUUGCUUCUUCAAUUAUCAAGAGGUGCAAAAUUAUCAGGUGUACAUCAUGACUCAGUAUAAGUCAUCUGAUUCUCUUUCUGAGUUGCGAUUUGUUGACAAUUUCAUCAUGUAGUAUAAUAUAUUUUAAUGCAGUCUGCAUAUAAUAUUCCUUAACACCUUUGAUUAACCAUGAUAUCAAACAGGCUUACAUCUAUUUUUAUAUAUUCAACUAACUCAAGAGUAAAGUUGCUUAUUAUUCAUAAUGAUGAGAGUUGAUUAAGUUAAAGAAAAAUAAGACCUGAUAUUCAAAGAAUGGCAUUAUUUUCAAUACUCUAAUAGUACUGCUUUGGGUAGCAACAAUUCCGUCAUGGUGAUGACUGCUGUAUACAACAAACUCAGCAGAAUACAGACAAGUGACCACUAUUAACUAAUUUUGUUCUGCAAUGAAUUUUUUACAGUGUGUUUAUGUGUCUUGUCAGAAAAAUAAUAAAAUGAUGAACAGAAAAUAUUGAAAACUAUUAAACCUGGUUUGUGGCAAGAUUCUUUAUUUUACUGAUGUGGUUACUUUCCAAAUAAAAUAAUUUA